GAUUAUACAGUACCCGCCGGCUGCUUGCAGGGAAAGAAUAUUCAGUGCGGAGAUACUUCACGAAUUUAAAGCUUUCGUGGACAUCAGCCCGCACGGUGACGACGACGCGCGUAAAAUUGGUCGUAAACAAAUAAAUAUUUUAAAGCGGUUGUAUAUUAAAACACAAUUGUUCGAACUAAAGUCAAUUCACUGUACUGAAAAUAUAUAAAUAAACAUGGCUGCAAUAACAGAUAGCAAACAACAGAUAGCGGCGAACAAUCCACUUAAGCAGCCUCAACAACAAAAGUUCGCAUUGUUGCCCAAAAUCAUUAACGGCGGCAUUGCUGGUAUUAUUGGAGUAACAUGCGUAUUUCCAUUGGAUUUGGUGAAGACGCGUCUUCAGAAUCAGCAAAUCGGUCCAAAUGGCGAGCGUAUGUACAACAGCAUGUUCGAUUGCUUCCGUAAAACGUAUAAGGCGGAGGGAUAUUUUGGCAUGUACCGCGGUUCGGGCGUCAACAUCUUGCUGAUUACGCCAGAGAAGGCAAUCAAGCUGACUGCGAACGAUUACUUCAGGCACAAGCUAACCACAAAAGACGGAAAACUGCCCAUGACUAGUCAAAUGUUAGCUGGAGGUUUGGCUGGCGCUUUUCAAAUUGUUGUCACCACUCCUAUGGAGUUGUUGAAAAUCCAGAUGCAAGAUGCUGGACGCGUAGCCGCUGCGGCUAAAUUGGCUGGUAAAACCAUAGAGAAGGUGUCGGCCACACAAUUGGCCACACAGCUUGUUAAGGACAAGGGCAUCUUUGGCUUAUACAAGGGUAUUGGUGCUACGGGAUUGCGGGACGUAACGUUCUCGGUCAUUUAUUUCCCAUUGUUUGCCACCCUCAACGAAUUGGGUCCACGGCGAAGCGAUGGCUCUGGGGAGGCGGUAUUCUGGUGCUCUUUCCUGGCUGGUUUGGCUGCAGGUUCGACGGCUGCUCUCGCGGUUAAUCCAUUUGAUGUCAUUAAAACACGAUUACAGGCCAUCAAGAAGGCUGAUGGGGAGAAGGAGUUUAAGGGCAUAGUCGAUUGUAUCACUAAAACUAUGAAACACGAAGGACCCACAGCAUUCUUCAAGGGCGGCCUUUGCCGUAUGAUUGUGAUCGCGCCACUGUUUGGUAUCGCCCAAACCGUAUACUAUUUGGGCGUAGCUGAAGGAUUGUUGGGCACGCAGAAAAAGUAAAGGAUCUUCCAGAUCGAAUCCAAGAGCUUCUUUACUGUUUCUCUGAAUGUUAAAUGUAUUUGUAUGCGUUAAUGCUAUUGUUAUUGUUAAAGCUGUCUUAUUUCAAUGUAUUAAGUUAAAGUCGCGCCCUAGAUAAUUAAUGAAGCUAAUAUACAUAGUAUUAUCCUUUUCUCAAAGUAUGUACAAAGUCAUAUCAAUGUAGGCGAUAAUACAAAUUAUUACAGGCAAUUUAUAAAAAAAAAACAUUUUUCCAAUGACAAUAAGAUUAUGAACAUCAUGUUUAGAA